AUGAACUCCUUCGCCAGUCUCUUCAGACCGGCGGCGACCCUGCGCGCGGUCGUGCAUCGCGCUCUGCACACCGAGGCCGCUCAAACACCGUCCACGACCCCGGGUGCCCUUGCGCUCAUCCGCUCCCAGCCCUCGCAUUAUGUCGUUGCCUCUGUCGCCGGCCGCAAGUACCUCCUUGCGCCCCGCGACCUCCUCACAGUCCCCCGCCUCAAGGACGUCCGCGUAGGCGAUGUCCUCGCGCUCUCUCAGAUCCACGAGGUCGGCUCGCGUGAAUACACCAUGCGCGGCGACUCUGUCAUUCCGCCAGAAAAAGUCAGGGUCAGCGCGACCGUCAUUGAACACACAAAGGGCAAGAUGGAGGUCAUCUUCAAGAAAAAGCGGAGAAAGGGUUACCAGAAGACCAUCACACACAAGCAGACAUAUACACGCCUCAGGAUCGGGCCCAUUGACAUUGUAGACCAGUAA